AUGAUCGCCAAGUCAUUGGUCGACGUCUUUCACAGUCACCACAAACUCUUGCACUUGUUAAAAUCAUUUUUGAAAAAGGAGGUGGCUGCGUGUCAUGACCCGGGUACUUUGUUCCGGUCCAACUCGGUGGCUAUGAAGAUGGUGGUUGCGUAUGGACACAAGACUGCACAACACUAUUUACAGCAGACGUUGACACCACUCGUAGUCGAGUUGUGCAACUCUCCGCUACCACUCGAGGUCGACCCCAUCAAACUGCCACCCGGCGAGGACGCCGAGACCAACCAGCGCAACCUGCGUAUCGUCUCGCAAAAGUUUUUCGAUCGUAUUGUCGCGUCGAUUGACCAGUGUCCCAAGAGUAUCGCCGAGAUCGUCUCUCGCAAAUUCCCCAAUCACUGGAAGGCGGCUGUUGGCGGCUUUGUCUUUUUGCGUCUAUUUUGUCCGGCCUGCGUGUCGCCAGAGAAUGCCGGCAUCGUGUCGGCUGGCCGUGUAGGUAUCACCGAGCGUCGUGCACUUGUACUCGUCGCCAAAUGUCUACAAAAUCUCUCCAACCAAGCCACAUUCAACCAACCAUACAUGGAAAACGUCAACGACUUUAUCACCGACAAUGUACAAGCACUUGAUGAGUUUUUCACCAAGCUGGCUGCUCGUCCAGCCGAAGACCACACCAUUGACGGUAUGAUGGUGUCGGAAGACUCGCUUCACGACGGUAUCAUCUACCUCCAACAAUUCAUUGACAAGAAUCCCGAAAAGGUGCAACGUACCUACGAGUCGAGUGUUGCCAAGUCAAGCAUUGCCCAAACCGCUGCCAAGUGGGACACCAUCCUCAACUCGGUCGAAUCAUCCAAACGUGCUGCUCUCUCUGCUCCCCCCAUCUCAUCCAACCAUCUCCUCAACAAGCAACGUUCCAAUUCUGCUGGUGGUCACCACAGCAGUGUCAAAGAACUCAAAAACAAACAACGUUCCAACUCUGACAAUAACACCAUUCCAAAAUGGUCAUCUCUCACAAAGAACCUUAAAAUUGCAAAGCAAACUGUCAUCACUCCAACUUUAAAUGUUAUUUCAAAUGUUGCAAACAAAUCUGAAGAAGAAGUUAAGGUAAUUAAUAUUGAUAGUGAAUGGAGAAGUGAACCAAGAUCAGCACAUAUAGUAGUACAACAAUUAUUAAAGACAUUGAUAACUAUAUGUAAAAACAAUAAGUUGUCAGACGCACAGAGUAUAAAGUUUAAUGGACAACCUUUGAAUUGGGCAUUGACACAGCAGACUGCAGAUUUCCUUCAGUUUGGUCGAGAUGUGUGCGAGUUGCAAGUUGUGACAUUUGACAAUAUGUCACCAGAGUAUAUCGCAGCAUUCUUUAUCAAUGCAUUUAAUCUAUUGGUACUACAUCUUCACUUUUUAGUGGGACCACCCAACUCUGACAUUCGAAGAAAAUCCUAUCAAAUGCACAAGUACAAUAUUGCUGGAUGUCUCUACUCGUUGGCCGAUAUUCAACAUGGUGUUCUCCGUAACAACCCCAAGAAUAGUUUAUCGCGUGUGCGUCAGAUCCGUAGUGGCGACAAGCGUAGACAGUUUGUCAUCCCACUCGACCCCCGCUACCACUUUGUCUUGUUUGCCGUCAACGUCACUCUCCCAUGUCUGCGUAUCAUGCUCGCCGAGAUGUUGGUCGAAGAUCUCCAUCGCGCUGGCGAGGAAUUCUGUUCAAGCAAGGUUGACAUUUGUUUGAAAAAGAAGGAAAUCUCAUUGCCCAAGCUAUUCUCCCAGUUUGGUACAGACUUUGGAAAGAGUCGUUCCGAAAUGCUAAAAUGGCUAUUCCAAUUCCUCACUCACACCAAGCGUACCGAGUUGCUCGAUCUACUCGAGAAACCAUCCUACAUUUGUUUGUACCGUUCCGAAAGUUGGAAUCCAGUCACCUACAAGACCAAGUUUAUCCUGGACUCUCUCUCCAAGUCUCCAUCCCUCGAACAUCAAACAAAUUAUGGUAUUUCAGACCAACUGGUUGUUCCACUCGCUCUCCAACUUUCACCCGAUCUUGUAAACAAUGAAUCAUCAUCGUCUGCCAACUCGUCUCCACACUUUUCUUCACUUCCCCAAACACCAAGAGUUGUUACUAUUUUAGAACCAUCUGCUAUAACUAUACAAGCAGCAGCAGAAGUAAAUGGUGGUGGUGGUUCUACUAGUUCACCAAACACCCCACGUACAGAGGAAGUCAAAGUUGAAACAUCUCCAUCUUUGUCACCAACUACUACAAAUGUUGCUGCAACUGUAUCACCAUCAAUGGAUUCAACUCAAACAACUCCAUUAUCAUCACCAUUGACCGUUCCCAACAGCCAAGUGGUACAACCUUCACCAUCUGCAUCUCCAGUCGUCACGGCCAACCCUACCUCUACCACCACUCAAGUAGUUCCAAUGAUGAAAUUGUCAUCAAACUCUGCAUUUGAUCGUGAUAGAGUCAACCGUCGUAAGAGCCGUAGUUUAACACAUGGAAACCGUUUGGCACCAACCGUUAAAAAGGAUUCUACAGCAUUGACACUUAUCAACUCGUUACGUAUGAGUGCUCAGUCUUCGACCAAAUCCAUCCUCUCUAGUUUGAACGACGUUGUCAAGCGUAUUGCAGAGUCGAUUGACAUUAAAUACGUGUCUGGUGUGUUGGCUAUCUUGAAGCGUGCUACCAGACAAUUGUCAUUCAAUGAGUGGCAAAAGUCGGCCACCAUGUCGGGUGGAUCUGGUGCACAAGACAAGCCAUCACUCGCCAUCAAGCCACAAGUGCAGCUCUUUAGCAACCACCAAGUGCACUGCUUGACGCCAACCUCUUUGUCUGGUUAUGCCCCAACCUUCCAAGAGUUGUACGCACUCACCCUAUCCAUUGAAAAAGAGACUAUUAAGUUUUUAGACUUUAUGGACAUUGCUUCAUUCUCUCAGAGCAAUGAUAUUUCCGAGUUGUUGGCUGACGUAUCUGACCAAAUCUCCAACAGUCUUCGUGACCAUGACUCCCUAUAUGACCCACUCUCAAGUGUCAAAGAAACAUUGGAAUCUACAGUCAUAUAUUUUAUCAAUACUGUGACUACAAAAUUACACAACAAUGACACCAACCACAACAACAAUAACCAUGUACAAUUAAAUCAACAACAACCAAAUAAUAAUAAUAAUAAUAAUAAUGGAAUUAAUAUUCCAUUAAGAGGCAGUGGAGUAAUCGAUGUAGAUAUUAAAUUAGUAACUGUACUUUAUGAAUUAAUUCUCGAUGGCAAACAACUACCAACAGCAGCAGGCAAACGUGACAACACUGUCAUUUCCAAACUCCAAGAAUUGUCUAGCAAUAUUCAAAAGGUAAACAAUAUGGCUGAACUGUCACCAAUCAUGUCCAAGAUUGAGCGUAUCGGUAGAAUGAUUUCAAUCAUUGAGGAACAAGCAAAUAAUAAUAAUAGAUUCUCUCCACGACAAUCGCCAAGAUAA